CCUCCCCCCCUCCUCCCCCCCACUCCCUGCAUGCCCCAACGCCCCACCUCCAAGAAACCACCACCCGAUCGCCAUCGGAAUCGAUCCAGGAUGUUUCUUUGAUCGCGUCUGUGUUUCUUUUGAGGCCAAGAUUUGAGAUUUUGAUUGGAGGAGGAGGAUGAAGGUGGAUACGGAGAUGGAGAGGCUGCUGGAGGAGAUCCCGAUGCUGCACCACGGCGACCUGCUCGGAGACGGUGGUGGCGGGUUCGAGGUUUCUUGCCUUAUCAGGGAGCUGGCGGAGAUGGGGGUGGUGGAGGGGGACGGGGAGGGGGAGGGGGAUGGCGUCGCCGCCGCCGAGAUGGGGUGGUUUGGUGGUGGUGGUGGGGGUGCGACGUCGCCGACGUCCAGCCUCUGUUUCUUCGGCAACGAGGGGUUCCCGCCGGUGUCGCGGCCGUUCGCUGUCGACAGGCGCCGCGUCGACGCGCCCCGGCCGGCGGCGUCGCUGUUCGACCCGUUCUCCGGGUUCUGCUCCGGCGUCUUCGUCGACGGCGCCGCCGCCGCCGCCGUUGACCAGGACGGAUGGGACGUCAGGUGCUCGCCGCCGCCGCCGCCGCAGCCGCAGCCGCAUGCGAGGGGGCGGAGCAAGGCGGCGAGGAGGAAGGGCGGGUGCGCGCCGCCGGCUCCCGCGGCGGCGAGCCCCAAGAAGUGCGGCGCGGCGGCGAGGUACGAGAGCCUCGCCGGGCUGCGCGGGUUCAUGUACCACAUCGCCAGGGACCAGCACGGGUGCAGGUUCCUGCAGCAGCGGCUAGACGACGGCAAGCGCGAGGUCGACUUCAUCUUCUCCGGCGUCGCGCGCCACGCCGUCGAGCUGAUGGUGAACCCCUUCGGCAACUACCUCAUGCAGAAGCUGCUCGCCGUCUGCGACGACGAGCAGAGGAUGGCCAUCGUCAUCAACCUCACCAAGGACCCCCUCGUGCUCGUCAGGAUCUCCCUCAACGUCCACGGGACAAGGGCAGUGCAGAAGCUGAUUGAGAGCCUGGGGACAAGGGAGGAGAUCCAGCUCGUCGUCGAGGCGCUGCGCCCCGGGUUCUUGGAGCUCAUCAAGGAUCCUAAUGGCAAUCAUGUUGUGCAGAGGUGCUUGCAAUCGUUUGAUGCCAAUGACAACAAGCCGAUCUUCGAAGCUGCUGCCGUUCACUGUCUCGAUAUUGGGAUGCAAUGCCAUGGCUGCUGCGUCCUGCAGCGGUGCAUUGCUCGUUCAGGUGGUGAGCAAAGGGAGAAGCUGGUUGCCGCAAUUGCUGCGAAUGGAUUCGAGCUUGCGCAAGAUGCCUAUGGGAACUAUGUGGUUCAGUAUGUAAUAGAUUUGAAGGUUCCAACUGCAAAUGCAGCUCUUACAAAACAGUUCCAGGGCAGGUACAUUCACCUCUCCAUGCAGAAGUUCAGCAGCAAUGUGGUUGAGAAAUGCCUGAAAGUCUUCAAGGAGGCUGACAAGGCUACUAUCAUCCUGGAGCUCCUUGCUGCGCCACACUUUGAGCAGUUGCUCCAGCAUCCAUUUGCAAACUAUGUCAUCUACUCAGCUAUCCAGAACUCCAAGGGAUCACUCCACUCUGCACUGACGAACGCGAUCCGCCCUCAUGUCGAACUGCUCAGGACUAGUCCCUACUGCAAGAGGAUCUAUUCUCGAGCAUUGCUGAAGAAGUGACGAACUGAUGGAACUUCUCCAGCAUGUAACAAAGAAAGCCUGUUGCCUUGUGCUAUUUCUUCAGAUUCAAAAGGGUUAAAAGGUGGACAGGAAGAUUGUUGUUUUGUGUUAUUAUUCAGAUUCAAAGGGGAUAAAGGUGAUCACACCAUGUAGAUUUGUAUAACUGAGUGUUCUUUAGUCAUGUACUUUUAGCUGUACCUGUACUGGGUGCACUCUUGUGUUCUCAUAAACCAUCUGGGAUGGAAUAAGUUCCAAACUGAACAAAUCAUCAUCAUAAAGAUUGCUGUUGCUGAUUC